AUGUCUGGGAAGUGUUUUCUAAGAGCACAGAGCAACUGUCUUCCAGGGGUAGCCACAGUUGUACCUCAACAGAAUUCAGUGACCUAUGAGGAUGUUCACAUUGACUUCACUGAGGAUGAGUGGAUUUUGCUGAAUCCUUUCCAGAAGAGUCUCUACAUAGAUGUGAUGCUGGAGACAUACAGGAACCUCACCGCUCUUGGGAUGAGAGAAACCAUAAUGGACAUAAGCCCUCUGAAUAUCCUCAAUGUGAUAAAGUCUUUGCGUAUCAUAGUCACCUUCAAAGGCUUGAAAAAUUUUAUGCUGCAGAGAAGCCCUAUGAUGUACACAUGCUGA